GUGAUUAUGGAUGCUGCUGGGCAAAUUUAGUUCAUGUCAACAUGUCCAUUGUAAGUAACAUGCACUACCCUUGCAGAUAAGUGCCUUCAGAUUUUAUUAAGGCUUGGCUCUGCACCAUUACCCUGAAGACAUUCAAUUGUUAAAAGAACUGGUAUGUUUACUUUAUUUUUUAACAGGUAUCUUCUAUGAUCUCUUUUUCUAGCAAGUCUCUUCAGGGGUUCCAUGAAGAUGGUUGUCCCUGGGAGUGCCCCUAUAAUUCAGCCAGACCACAGUCUUGGAACUGAACUCAGCCAGGGCUCAGCAGAGAACUCUGUGAUGCGUCCCGAUACUGAACCAAUGGAUGAUCAAGUGGGCCCUGAGCUGGAAGAGGUGCGGAAAUUGCAAGAACUUGUGAGGAGACUUGAGCUCCAGAAUAAGCAGUUGAGAACUAGAAGCCUUCGAAGUGUGCCAGAGGCAAAACUGUUGAACCAAGCUGGCGCUGGAGUGGAUAAUUGCAAUUCCAGGGUCAAUGGGAUGGAAAUGAAUAAUAGCAUCAACACCCUGAUGGAUAAACAGGAAUUGCAGAUAGUGGCAGACUUACACUCUGCGCUGAGUAAAAUGAGUUCAGAAGCAGGGGAUACUGAUGACAUCUUGCAAAAGGAUGUAGAGGCCACAGAACAGAACAACUGUAGCAGUGGUUGUGGGGAACAGCCUCCUAACCCGAAAUUUGUGAGCAAUACAGAAAUGCAGAACAGUGAUGCUAAUACCAAUGACUUGUCUAGUUGGAAUUGUGGCAGCACAGUGCUAGUAGAAGACUUCACCACAGGUAUUGAGCCACCGCUGAGAAAGAGCGAAGGGGAUGCAGAGGUAGAACACCUCUUUAAUGAGACAACUCUGGAUGAAGUGGAGCUGUUAGAACUUGAGAAUGCUGAUGAUGAAGAGGACACCUGGCUCUAUGUGUCUUCAAGAAAAAUACCAGCAGAUGAAAAGGAGUCUCCCCUGAAAUGGUGUAGGCACGUGUUAGACAAUCCUAGCCCUGAGAUGGAGGCAGCCUGCCGUACCCUAAUUAGCAGACUUGACCAAGGUUAUUUGGGUGUGCAUUCAGCAUUGAGCUCUCAGUCUUCCGUUGACAGUGAACUCAGUACCUCAGAUGACUCUAUCACGAUGGGAUACAAACUGCAAGACUUGACAGAUGUGCUGGUUAUGGCCCGUCUACAGGAAGAAAGUCUUCGCCAGGAUUAUGCCUCCAGCUCAGCCUCUGUUUCCCGUCGUAGUUCCAGUGCUUCUUUGCAUUCAUUGCGCAAAGGCACCUACAGUGACCAGGACUUUGACACAUACAGUCUGGAGGAUGAGGAUGAUGGCUGCUCCUUUUCCUAUCAUAGUAGCCACAGAUACUCACCAUCCCCACUGAACUCACCACGGUGCCAGUCCCCAUCCACAAACACAGACUUUGGCAGGGCAACAGGCACACGGAUUCACACCUCCCGGAGAGCAGUGCAGAAUUCCAUUCCGGAAAGGCUGAAAUAUUCUGGGAAUGAAGAAGAGCUAAGGCACAGCAUGCCUAACCUGGCUAGAACAGGUCGGCGUUCCUUGGAGUCUAUAAGGAACAGCUGCAGCUUGGAGUCAGAUCGGCAGGUUCCCAGUAGUCGACUCUCCAGAAUCAAUCAGCCAUCGGCUAGUCUGGCUCCAAGUAAGCUCCGCUAUUCCUCGGGUGCUGGGAAGCCACCCUUAAUAGUCCGACAGCCAAUGAAAGCAGGUUCUUGUGCCAGCAGUCUCAUAACACCACAGCAGCCUGUUAGAGCUGCUGGUUUUGCCAGUACUAUUGGUAGAGUUCGAAAGCUACAGUCUUCCACACAGCAUCCAACUUCUGGUGGUGGUGGCAGUUCGGUGGCUAGAAGCAAUAGUAUGGCCACAGGAGCAAAACAUGCCCUUCCAAAAAGUAGAACGUCCGUUGGGGGAACAUCCUCCCUGAAGAGCAAGCUGGCACAGCCAGCCAAGAGAUUUCCGAAGGCCAGUGUUUCUGCUGAUGACUCAUGGAAAGAAGGGUGCUUCUGAGCCAUUGUGAAGAUACUGAUAAACAGUGACUGGUUGGUUUGGGAAAUACAGUGGUACCUCAAGUUACAAACGCUUCAGGUU